AUGGAUACCAUCAUGGAUAAACUCGAUGCUAUAGCACUAAAUCCCGAUCUCAAACCGCUCCUAACCCUCCUCAAAGCCGCCCGCAAUGGCGCUGUGUAUGGUGCAAAAGUCCGCUUUCCGCAUGCUCUAGUCAUGAUUUUUCUUUUCCGAUCAGGAACGUUCCGCGAAAAGAUAAAACUCGUCCUGAAAGCGACUCGCCAACACGCCCGCAAUCUGGCCACCUUUGCCGUUGUCUACAAAAGCACCAUGUUUGCUAUGAAAUACCUGAACCCAACCGGACCAAAGGAAGGACCAUACGAUACCUUCUUCGCCGGUCUUCUCGGCGGAUACAUCGUCUUCGGUCGGAAUCCAGGUAGCGUCAGCCAGCAGAUCGUCAUAUACGUCUUCGCUCGCGUCGUCCUUGCCAUCGCCAAACUUUCCGUCGAACCAAACAUGCACCCGCUCUCAUCCCUCAUUUCACCCGAAACCCGAACAAGGAUUCAAGAUAACGCAUGGCCGGCUUUUGCCAGUCUCAGCUGGGCCGCCGUUAUGUACGUCUUCCGCUGGCAUCCAGAGACUAUUGUCAGCAGUCUUAGGAGUAGUAUGACUUAUAUUUAUGUGGAUUCUGACCACUGGACCUCAUUCCAUAACUUGUUGAUACAUAACAAAUGA